AAGCAGAUAGUACCUGAGUGCAGUUGUUACAGUCAAGAAAUUUUACCUGCAACCUGUUCAUCUGUUACCAGCCAUGUCCCGAGCAAAGACACCUGCUCCAGAACAUUACUAUGAAGAAUAUCUUUCUAAAAAAGACAAAAAUGACAAGGUAUUUACGAAGGUUUGGGCUGGAAUUCUAGGAAACUCUCUUUGCUUCUACUCCAAUCACAAGGAUUUGCGGAGUGUUGAUGUCAUCAGUUUGGAAAACUAUAUAUCUCUGAAGGAGUCUGGUGGCAAGUCUUCAUCAGAAAACCAGUUCACCUUGUGCCUGAAAGGAAGAGUAGUACAGCUAAAGGCGGAGUCAUUAGAGAGCCGGGAAAUGUGGCGCGCAUUUAUUAUCACCAUAGCAGAGUUAAGGAUCCCAGGAUCGCUAUGCCUGCUUCCUGGUCCUCUUCUUACUUUAAAGGAAGCAUUGGAGAAAGAAAUGGAGAGAAAAAAGAAAAAAGAGGCAGAAGCAAAUGAAACUCCCAGCUGUUUCUAUAAUGUGUCCCGGAUGGAAGCAGAGAGUUUACUGAUGCAAAACCCUGAAUGUGGCAACCUUUUACUGCGACCUGGAGUAAACCAGAAGAGUCUGUCUGUAAGCACCUGUCAGAAAUAUCACAGCAAGGAUGUAUUUAAGCAUUAUCGUGUGAUACAGGAGCAAGAGGCAUAUGUUAUUCAGGUGGAUCCCAAGGUCGUUUGCUCGUCGAUCGUGCAUGUUAUAAGUCAUUUUGUGAAUAGCUCGAACAAAACCCUGAAACCCUUUGUAAAGAUCUGUGAAUACGAGAAAAAAAUUGCAAUUUUUGAACAGAACAAUGAAGAUGGAGUGGUUACCAUGCGAUAUGCCCAAGACUCCCCAGGAAGCACAAAAACCUCCUCCUUACAUAAUUCACCUCCUCCUCUUCCACGAGAUCCUCUACCAGAAGAUGAAUAUGAGAACCCAGAUCAAGGAGAAAAACAAUGGAUUUCAAUCAGAGUACCUAAUGGGCCAAGAAAUCCCAGACCAGUCACAAGCUCAGGUCUGGGUGAGGAACUAAAAAGAAAAUUGCAAAUACGAAGACAGCAAAUUGAUUGAUUGCUAUUGGAUUCAUAGAAAAGGACUAAUUGUAACUGGACUACUAAAGUUGACAGCUGAGCACUCAGCUCAGCCUUAUUGGCUCUAAAAACAGCUCCUCUUUUAACUGUAAUUGUUUUUUGACUAACAGCGAUCCAGAACAGACUUUACCAAGCUGGAAGGCUCAUCUUUGGACAUUAUUAGCUGCAUAAUGUGGUUAAAUAAUGCAAAAGCACCAUGGAAAAUGGGGUACAGAUUACCUUAAACUUGAAAAACAGAGUGGUAGAAGAGUAAAGAGUGUCUGUAGUAUAUCAGUAGUGAGAAGCAGGACCAUCAUCAGGGGCAAAUGCAAAAGGUACUGCAGGUCUGGGCCCCAUGGCAGAGUGGGGUCCCAAGAUGUAAAAGCAUGAUUGAGAGUUGCAAAAAGGACAGCGAUUGUGCAGGAUUGAGUGGGGUUUGUGUGAGUUAUAGACUGAGUUUUAGCAUAAUUGGGGAUCGCUGGGAUGGAUCAGGGGUUGUGCAUACAAGGGUCUUUUUUUCCCAUAGUUGCCCAUUUUUCUCUCCUUGCAAUUUUAUUUAAUGCAAUGUGGCACAUUGCAUUAAAUAAAAUUGCAAGGGCUUGCCCUGCUAAAUGCAUCUCUUGUGUGCCGGUGAAAUUCUUCAUAUAUUUUUCUUGAUAGCAUGGCCCACCAACAUAGGUUAAUAAUAGUAGGACACUGCUAAUGUAGUAGUAUGGGGCCCCAUAAUUACUGAUGAACAAUUAAUACAAGUACACACACAAACAACAGCAAAAUAACUUCAACUGAGUAAAUAGAAGUUUUGGCACCUUGAGGCUAAUGGCAUUAGCCUAAAAUGGAUCACGUUAGUUUUUGGGCAUGAGAUUAUAAAUGUUGAGAAAUAACACAUAGAGUUUAUACAAAGAAGCAAUCUAACAUUAUAGACAUACUGCAUGUAAUUAGUAUUUAUUUUAAGGCAUUAUGAGCAGAAUGCCACAACUAGCGCAUUGUCCAUCCAUCCCCUAUAGGAGCAGAAGAUAUUAUGAAAUAUCUGUUGUAAAAGCCAACAUAGUUUUUAGUUGAUAUAGUCAUUUUUAAUAGGCCCCUUAUAAUACUGGAUGGGGUUUAAGCCUUGUUAAGUAAACUACCAGGAAAGAUCUAGGUGGGGAAUGAAGGAUGCAGGUAGAAAGAUGAAAUCAGGUGAGGCUUGUGCUUGAGCUGCUGGUGGCACUAUUCCUUUUCUGAAGGCUUUUCACACAGCUGGGAACCUGGAGUCCAGUAUUUACUGAAAAAUUUCCACACCAUACCUGUUGGUUGAUAGAAAGGAAUUAACAACAAUACAACUACUAGUGAAUCUACUCUACUGAAGCUAUCAUCUCCCUAAGGAAAAUCUCACCUAGUUCUGUUAAUGUUGAGAUCUCAUAUUUUAUGAUUCCAUUUCUGGUUUAUGUUUCUUCUAACUGUAAAUAUUAAUCAGUUUCUCCUAAUAAAACUAAAAUGUAAUCACACUA